CUCUUCUCCCAGUACAUCCCAGUGACCCAAAGGGAGGAGCUCUUAAUGAAGUACCGUUACGGGAUCCUGAGCAUUGAGGAGAUGAUUGUCACACUGGCGCCCCUGCUAACACAGAAGGAUCCCAGUCCUGGGAAAGUAGCAGAAGAGGGCAGCAGUCCGGCCAGUGGCUGGACUCAUGCCCAGGAUGGUGGAGCUCCACGUUUGCCACAGGACGGUGACCUCGAAAACGCCCUACGUCUGGUGAGCAUAGAAGUGCCUGCGGGCGAGUUCCAAGGGAGCAGGCGCUCCGCAUGGGAGCUCCUCUUCUCCAAAUAUGUGACCGUGGAGAAACGGCAGGAGCUUCUGGAGAAAUACUGGUCGCGAUUGCUGAGCACCAGCGAGCUUGUGCAAAUAAUCACCAGCCUGAUUGAGGAGAUGGAGGAGAAGAGCAACCAGCUGAAGUUCACUGGACUGCGGAGGCAGGUGACCGCCUCAGAGCUCUUCAGCUCCCAGAUCAUUGACCAAGAGACCCUCUCAGAACUCACCCAGGGCACCAAGACUGUGGAGGAGAUCACCAAAAUGGACUCGGUCAAGCGAUACCUGGAAGGCACGAGCUGCAUUGCUGGUGUGCUGGUCCCAUCCAGGUCUGACCCCUCCAAGACGGAGAAGAUGACCAUCUACCAGGCCAUGUGGAAGAGCCUCCUGAGGCCAGGCACGGCCCUGGUGCUGUUGGAGGCUCAGGCUGCCACCGGGUUCAUCACUGACCCUGUGAAUAACAGGAAACUCUCUGUCGAGGAAGCCGUCUCCGCCGGGCUGGUGGGGGCAGAGCUUCGGGAGAAGCUUCUCUCCGCAGAGAGGGCCGUGACCGGCUACCGGGACCCCUACACAGGAAGCAAGAUCUCCCUUUUCCAGGCCAUGAAGAAAGGCCUCAUCGUCAAGGACCAUGGCAUCCGCCUGCUGGAGGCCCAAAUUGCCACGGGGGGCAUCAUUGACCCCAUCCACAGCCACCGCCUCCCCGUGGAGGUUGCAUACAAGCGGGGCUACUUUGAUGAGGAAAUGAACCGGGUCCUUUCGGACCCCACAGACGACACCAAAGGCUUCUUUGACCCCAACACUCACGAAAACCUGACCUACAUGCAGCUCCUGCUGCGAUGCUUUCCCGAUCCUGAGACGGACCUCUUGAUGCUGCAUGUGAUGGACAAGGGUUCCUUCUCCUUCCAUCUCACCGAGAACACGAGGAGGUCCUUGCAAGUUUCCAAGACCAGGGUGGGCUUGGACCUUUUCCAGGGUCAAGAGGUCUCCCUGUGGGAUCUCCUCUUCUCCAGAUACAUCCUUCCACAGAAGAGGCAGGAGCUAUUACGCCAAUACAAAACUGGCACCGUAACCUUGGAAGACCUGACCCAAAUCCUCACUACCACCGUCACUGAGACAGAGGAAAAGCGUGCCAAGCCAACCGGGCCCCAGGAAGCUCCAAGUGCACCAGACGUACCAUCACCGAAAGAUGGCACAGACCCUGGACAUGUCAUAAGGGACUGGCAGAGGGCCUUGCAAUCCACCACCAUCCAUAUGCCGGCCGGAGAGCACCAGGGACAGCCGGUCAUUGUGUGGGACCUGCUCCUCUCCAACUACAUCACUGAAGAAAAGAGGACAGAAUUACUGGAUCUGUACCAAGGAGGGUUGCUACCUAUAGACCAGCUGCUAAGCAUCCUUACCGCCCUCAUCAAGAAGGAAGAAGCUACAAGUAGGAAAUUUAAUGUAAAAGUAUGGGGUCCAGACCAAGAGAUGGCAACGAGAGAGGGAGCGUCUGGAAUGUCCUUCCCCGGAGAUCAAAAUUGGGAAAGUGCUUUGCGGUCUCAGUUUGUACAAGUUGAUCUUGGUGGAUUUGAGGGUCAAAAAUUCUCCCUUUGGGAGCUCCUCUUCUCUGGACACGUCUCCGAAUUCAGACGGGAAGAGCUUCUGAGUCAGUUCCAAAAUGGCAGCCUGACUCUGGAGGAGCUCACCAACAUCCUCGGUGGUCUCCUUACAGAGGCCAAAAGCAGAGAAGGAAAGCAUCCCACGACGCCUGAUGUGUCUAGACAUGAUGAUGAUGAUGAUGAUGAUGGUGAUGAUGAUGAUGUACUUGACAAAGAAGAAAGGGAGGAAGAUGAUGAUGAUACUGUGGAGCUGGGAGAAAAGGAGAAGGCCUUGAAGUCCAGGUAUAGUUAA